CUGGCUGCUACCACGCAGAAGGCCGAGGCACUUGGCAGUGAUGAGGGUCCGUCUCCAUCUCCCAGUCCUCCUAGCUUCCCUGGCCUUGCUCCAGGGCACAGCACCUGCCACAAGUGCACGGGCCACCAGGACGGCCAUCAUCGCUGAUGCUGUGAGUCACGUCAAGGUCCAGGUCAACAAGGCCUUCCUGGAUUCCCGAACCAGGCUGAAGACCGCCAUGAGCUCUGAGGCGCCCACCACUCGCCACUUCUCAGAGUACCUCAAGCACGCCAAAGGCCACACGCGCACCGCCAUUCGCCACGGGCAGAUGUGGGAGGAUUCCUUUAAGAGACUAAGGCCAAAAGCAACCUUGGCCAAUGACACAGGCCCCAACCUGGACUUGAAUGCACUCUCCCGGGAAGUGGGUUGUGGCACCCUUGUUCCUCUGGUGGCAUGCGACAAGAAUAGCAAUUACCGAACCAUUACCGGAAACUGUAAUAACAGGAGGAACCCCGCCCUGGGUGCCGCCAACCGGGCGCUGGCGCGCUGGCUGCCUGCGGAGUACGAAGACGGGCUCUCCCUGCCCUUCGGGUGGACGCCGGGGAAGAAGCGGAAUGGCUUCCCUCUCCCGCUGGCUCGCGAGGUAUCCAACCAGAUUGCCGGCUACCUAACUGAGGAGGGCGUCCUGGAUCAAGACAGGUCCCUGUUCUUCAUGCAGUGGGGCCAAAUCUUGGAUCAUGACCUGGACUUUGCCCCCGACACAGAGCUGGGGAGCAGUGAGUACUCCAAAGCGCAGUGUGACCAGGACUGUAUCCAGGGAGGCAACUGUUUCCCCAUUAUGCUCCCACCCAGUGACACCAAGGUACGGACCCAAGGGAAGUGCAUGCCUUUCUUCCGAGCUGGCUUCGUCUGCCCCACGCCACCUUACCAGUCCCUGGUCCGAGAGCAGAUCAAUGCUCUGACCUGCUUCCUGGACGCCAGCUUAGUGUAUGGGCCUGACCCCAGCCUGGCCAGCCGCCUCCGCAACCUCAGCAGCCCCCUGGGCCUCUUGGCCGUCAACCAGGAGUUCUCUGACCACGGGCUGGCCUACCUGCCCUUUCACAGCCAGAAGCCGAGUCCCUGCGAGUUCAUCAACAGCACUGCCCGAGUGCCUUGCUUCCUGGCAGGAGAUUCCCGAGCUUCAGAGCAGAUCCUGUUGGCUGUUUCUCACACCCUCCUGCUCCGGGAGCACAACCGGCUGGCCAGAGAGCUGAAGAAACUCAACCCUCAGUGGGACGGGGAGAAGCUCUACCAGGAAGCCAGGAAGAUCCUGGGGGCCUUUAUGCAGGUUAUCACCUUUAGGGACUACUUACCCAUUGUGCUAGGUGAUGAGAUGCAGAAGUGGAUCCCUCCAUACCAAGGCUACAAUGAAUCUGUAGACCCCCAGAUUUCCAACGUCUUCACCUUUGCCUUCCGCUUUGGCCACUUGGAGAUCCCCUCCACUGUGUCCCGCCUGGAUGAAAAUUAUCAACCAUGGGGUCCGGAACCAGAGCUCCCCAUUCACACCCUCUUCUUCAAUACCUGGAGGAUGGUCAAAGACGGUGGGAUCGACCCCCUGGUCCGGGGCCUGUUGGCCAAGAAGUCCAAGUUGAUCAGACAGGAUAAAAUGAUGACAGGAGAGGUACGCAACAAGCUUUUCCAGCCCACUCACAGGAUCCAUGGCUUUGACCUGGCUGCCAUCAACAUACAGCGCUGCCGGGACCACGGCAUGCCUGGGUACAACUCCUGGCGAGGCUUCUGUGGCCUGUCGCAGCCAAAGGCCCUGGAGGAGCUGGAUGAGGUGCUCAAGAACAAGGCGUUGGCUAAGAAACUACUGGAUCUCUACGGGACCCCUGAAAACAUUGACAUCUGGAUAGGGGGCACUGCUGAGCCCCUGGUAGAACAGGGUCGAGUGGGGCCUCUCCUGGCCUGCCUCCUGGGAAAGCAGUUCCAGAAGAUCCGUGAUGGAGACAGGUUCUGGUGGGAGAACCCUGGGGUCUUCACUGAGAAGCAGCGGGACUCUCUGCGGAAGAUGUCCUUGUCACGCCUUGUCUGUGACAACACCCACAUCACCAAGGUCCCACUGGACCCAUUUCGGGUCCACAACUACCCUGAAGGUUUUGUGGACUGCUCAGUCAUUGAUCAGCUGGACCUCUCACCCUGGGCCUCAGUGGAGAGUUAGGAGCCUGGGCCUCACAGCCUCCCACACUGCACAGUCGAGCUUCCUUUGGUCCAUAUUGUCAUUUCAAGCGAGUUCAGUGGUCCCUUACUGCUCCACAUCCUAGCCCAGCCCUUCUCUUCAGCUAUGUCUGUCUACACUCACCACAAGUAUCUCUCACUCAAGCCCAGGCCAGCUGCCUGGGCCUUUCAUAUCUCCCUCUGCAUCCCACUGCCCACUCCUCAACCCCUCUGCCUGUAGGGCUCCUUCUACUAGGAUGUAGACCCUCUGAGAGGCCCCUCCAGUCUAGCCUGACAAGUGUCUCCCUGAAAAGUCUCACCUGAGGCUGAGGUGAGGCCUCUGCUAGCCUACAUUUCCUCUGCUUCUCCAACUUGAUUGUAAGCUCCUUGAGCGGUACUUGUGACUGUCCCCAGUGUCUCCAUGGCACCCCUCAUGGUGCUCGGCACAUAGUAAGUGCUCAAUAAA